GAAAAAAACUUCAAAGAUCCUUCAAACAUGGGAAAGAUUAUCUUUUAUGAAGAUAGGAACUUCGGUGGCCGUUACCAUGAGUGCAUGAGUGACUGCGCUGACCUGCAUUCCUACUUCAACCGCUGCCACUCUAUCAGAGUGGAAAGCGGUUGCUUCAUGGUCUACGACCGCACCAACUUUAUGGGCCGUCAGUACUUUUUGAGACGUGGCGAAUACCCUGAUUACAUGCGUACUAUGGGAAUGAAUGAUUGUGUCAGAUCCUGUCGGAUGAUUCCACUGCACCAUGGGUCCUUCAAAAUGAGGCUCUACGAGCAUUCAGACAUGGGUGGCAGGAUGAUGGAGCUCAUGGAUGAUUGCCCCAAUCUCAUGGAUCGCUUCAACAUGUCCGACUUCCAUUCCUGUCAUGUGAUGGAUGGGCAUUGGCUCGUGUAUGAGCAGCCCAACUAUACGGGCAGGCAGUUCUACCUGAGGCCUGGCGAGUACAGGAGUUACAAUGACUGGGGUGGUGUGACUUCCAGGAUGGGCUCCAUUAGACGAAUCACGGAUCUCUAAUGAAAGGAGUCCUUGUGAAAUGUCUCCUGUAUGCCCUUUUUCACACACUAAAUAAAAUGGUGUCUGUGCUCAAGUGUUUUGAGUUUUGUUCUUGCACCUUUAACCUGGAGGGGUCAUUACCAGAUGAUGACACUUGCUAUUGGCUGCCAGACUGCUUUAUGCUGUUCAGAGAACUGAAUAAAAUUAGAGAGAUAUUUCCUUCUAUGA